AUGUUACCAAUCAAUAUAACUAUCGCAGUAUUAUGUAUUGCACUCAUGCUUGCUAUUUCAUAUUCAAUAGAAUUCGAAGAUUGGAAUAGAUUUAUUUUUAUUUAUCAAAAAUUAUUCCAUCCAAUUGCAACACCAUUAACUGUCAUCAUAUUGAUAGUUGGCCAAAUCGGAAUACUUAGAUUCAACAAAUGCUGGUACUUUAGCUAUGCUUUCAUACUUCUAAUUCUAUCUAUUAUUUAUUUGCUAUUAGUUAUACUCGCAUUUCGUCUUGAUGGAAAUGAAACACUCAAAAUGAAACAAUAUUUCAAUCAUGAUCCUCAAUAUUUCCAAUAUGAAAUACGUAGAGUUUUAUCAUUAUUAAAUGUAUUAGACUUUACACCAACAACAUGCUACUGUGGUGAGCAAGAAAAAGAAAAUUACACAAAAUGCGAUAGUUCAAAAUUUUAUUACGUUUUCUACCAAUAUUUCAUUGAAAAUAACGUAAAUCCGAAGAACCGAAAUUGUAACUACUUUGCUGAUAAUUCUUCCCAUAUAUACGAAGACGUUGGGUUUGAUGUUGCCGUAAAAGAGAAAAUCACACAGAAAUUCCACCGUAAAUACAAGGGAUUAGUAACUACUAACUUCAUAUUGUUAUUCUCUUACAAUAUUUUUAUCUUCCUCUUUGCAAUCUUUGUUAAGGUCAAAUAA